CGCGGCUGGGGCUGGGGCUCCGGGCGGCCCGGGGUCGCGGCCGAAGAGGCCUUCGGGUGGAGAGAUUAGCGUGCAGCCAGUCUCAGCUCGGAGUGAGGAGUCUUGGCGGAGCGGAGUCGUGCGGCCGGGUGGAGUCGGCGGCCCAGCGGACGGGAGCGAGCGGUUGAUAAUUACGUUACUAUGAGUCUGCUAAACUGUGAAAACAGCUGCGGAUCCAGCCAGUCUGAGAGUGACUGCUGUGCCGCCAUGGCCAGCUCCUGUAGCGCUGCGGCGAAAGAUGACAGUGUGAGUGGAACCGCCAGCACGGGGAACCUCUCCAACUCUUUCAUGGAAGAGACCCAGGGGUAUGAUGUGGAGUUUGACCCGCCCCUGGAGAGCAAGUAUGAGUGCCCCAUCUGCCUGAUGGCUCUCCGGGAGGCAGUGCAGACACCGUGCGGCCACAGGUUCUGCAGAGCUUGCAUCAUCAAAUCAAUAAGGGAUGCAGGUCACAAAUGUCCAGUUGACAAUGAAAUACUGCUGGAAAAUCAACUAUUUCCUGACAAUUUUGCAAAACGAGAGAUUCUUUCUCUGGUGGUGAAAUGUCCAAAUGAAGGUUGUUUGCACAAGAUGGAACUGAGGCAUCUUGAGGAUCACCAAGCACAUUGUGAAUUUGCUCUUAUGAAUUGUCCUCAGUGCCAGCGUCCCUUCCAAAAAUGCCAACUUAAUAUUCACAUUCUCAAGGAGUGUCCAAGGAGACAGGUUUCUUGUGUAAACUGUGCUGCAUUGAUGGCAUUUGAAGAUAAAGAGAUCCAUGACCAGAACUGUCCUUUGGCAAAUGUCAUCUGUGAAUACUGCAAUACCAUGCUCAUCAGAGAACAGAUGCCUAAUCAUUACGACCUGGACUGUCCUACAGCCCCAAUUCCAUGCACAUUCAGUACUUUUGGUUGCCAUGUAAAGAUGCAGAGGAAUCACUUGGCACGCCACCUGCAAGAGAAUACCCAGUCGCACAUGAGAAUGUUGGCCCAGGCUGUUCAGAGUUUAAGCCUUGCGUUACCUCCUGUACCUCAGUGUGAUAUGCCUCCAUACGAUUCUUCCUCUGCGUCCCGGGUUUCCACUGGGUGUCACCCAGAGGUCCAGAAUUUCCAAGAAACCAUUCAGCAGUUAGAGGGUCGCCUUGUAAGACAAGACCAUCAAAUCCGAGAGCUAAUUGCUAAAAUGGAAACUCAGAGCAUGUACGUAAGUGAGCUCAAACAAACGAUUCGAACCCUUGAGGACAAAGUUGUUGAAAUAGAAGCACAGCAGUGCAAUGGGAUUUACAUCUGGAAGAUUGGCAACUUUGGGAUGCAUUUGAAAUCUCAAGAAGAGGAGAAACCUGUUGUCAUUCAUAGCCCUGGAUUCUACACAGGCAAACCCGGGUACAAACUGUGCAUGCGCCUGCACCUUCAGUUACCGUCGGCUCAGCGCUGUGCUAAUUACAUAUCCCUCUUUGUGCACACAAUGCAAGGAGAGUAUGACAGCCACCUCCCUUGGCCCUUCCAGGGUACAAUCCGCCUUACAAUUCUUGAUCAGUCUGAGGCACCUAUAAGGCAAAACCAUGAAGAGAUCAUGGAUGCCAAACCAGAGCUGCUUGCCUUCCAGAGACCCACAAUCCCACGGAACCCAAAAGGUUUUGGCUAUGUGACUUUUAUGCAUCUGGAAGCCCUGAGACAGAGAACCUUCAUUAAGGAUGAUACUUUAUUAGUGCGCUGUGAGGUCUCUACCCGCUUUGACAUGGGUAGUCUCCGGAGGGAGGGUUUUCAGCCACGAAGUACUGAUUCAGGGAUGUAG